UUUUCCGUAUGCCUGGUCUCUCUCUGUACGAAAGCUAUUUCACGCGUUUACAUGUAACUGUAUCAAAAUCUGAGAUUUCUCCUGGUAUUUUUGUCCUGAAAAAUUGACAAUUUACUUUCCCCAGGCAAUCCCAGUCUCUGAAACGGAGCAGUUGAUUCGGAUUUGUGCUUUGGAGUAAUCAUUUGUAAAUUAGAAGAUUACGUCAUACACAACUAUCUAACGCUUGGGGUUUUCUCACUUUCAAUAGUUGUAAGUGAUUUUUUUUAUCUACUAUUACAUCAUCAGCAUCAAUUUAUCACUCUUGCCUUGUGGACUAAUAACAAUUAUCUCCUGGAAAAACACAAUCUCUCGAUCAUUUAAUUCAACUUUUUUCUUCUCUCUACAGCAAUUGCGCAUGAACAGCUUGACUUUGUAAUAAUAUAACUAUGUAUGUAGAAGAGUGGCUUCUGGGUAGAGAGUUACUUGCAGAAAUCAAAAUGGCAGGCAUUAUCUGAUGAAAUGACUUUCGCUUAUUACAAACUGGCUAUUUGCAAUUUCGAAUGUUCCAAACAUACUGUCAGCAAAAAAAACUCCCAAUACAAUUUGUUUUUAAUGACGAUAAUAAACCGACAAACGGAAACGGCGGAUAAAGGAAAUAGUCUUGGAAAAAAUUAUAGGCAAUAAAUUCCUUCGAUUUUUUAUUUCUACUUUGCAUAUUACGCUCUCUCGCUCACUACGUGACGACGCGCGAGAACGUUUCGGCCAGGGGCCGGAGGGGGGAAUUAUUUAAUCGCGCUUGCGUACAAUUUAACUCGACUACAGAGAUGGCGACGUCGAAAUGGUAUGGAAUAUAGCGAUGUGGAGGGGAAAACGGGGGAGAAUGAGCCCGCCGCGCGUUGCACGACGGGACGAUGAAGUGGAAUUUAGGCGAAGGGGGGCAACAAGGGGUGAGGAAGAAACGAACGAGUCGAGUUCACAAAAUGGCGGCCGAGCUCUGGCCCGAGACCAUAUAGUACGUGAAUAUUCGAUAUUUUUGUACGAUGUUGGGGGUUUAUAUACCGUAAAAGUUUUAAUAUUCCGGGUGCGCGUUUAUAUUUGACACAUAAACUAUUGAAAUAUCAGUUAAUAGUUAGUUUUUGUGGGUGAUAUUGUAACUGAGAUUGAGACGCGUAGACGGGGACGAUGCAGAAAAUUAUAGAAUCUGAAUCUGGCAAAGAGUCCGGAUCAGAUUCCGAUAAUGAAAGUAAGAGUGACAGCAGUUCAUCAGCAAGUAAUUCCAAUUCCGAUGGUUCUGGAAGCGACAGUGACUCCAGCUCGUCGAGUGCCUCUGGUUCAGCAUCGGCUUCUGAAUCGGUCAAGUCAGAUAAAUCGGAUGCACCUGCACAAAGCGAUAGUUUCCAGAGCAAAAGCUCAAAUCACAGCACCGAAACUAAACACAGGCAUAAGGACACUAGUCGUGAAUGGGAUGAGAAUCCAGAUAUCUAUGGGAUCAGGCGUUCGGGGAGAUCGAGGAAGGAGCCUGAGAGGCUCACAGCACCUCGAGAGAGCGACAGCGAUGGUCGCAAGAAGCAUAAAAAGAAGAGUUCCCAAAAUUCAUGGAAUUCCGAAAGCUCGGAUUCGGAAUCGGAGGAUUUUGAUUCACGAAGAGCACCACCACCUAGUAAAUCAAUAAAUCGACGUGCAGCCCAGAAAGCUAAGGAAAAUGCAAGGUCCAGGAAGAAACGUGUCUCCGAGUCAUCGGAAAAUUCUUCUUACGAUAGUGAUGAUAAUCGAAGACAAGUAACAAGACGUGCCGGUACAUCAGUCAGUUACAAAGAGCAGAGUGACGAGGGCACAGACAGUGAGGAUCUCGUCGAAGUGGAUGAAGCAACAUCAGCAUCACAGGCAGAGCCCGACAAUGCCGAGACAAUUGAACGCAUAAUAUCCCAGCGACGAGGUAAAAAAGGAGUGACCGGUAACGUAACAACAGUCUACGCAGUUGAAGAGAAUGGUGAUCCAAAUCCAAAAGAAUUGAGCAAAGAUGAGAGUGAAACUCAGUACCUGAUUAAAUGGAAAGGUUGGUCACACAUUCAUAACACGUGGGAAUCUGAGGAUUCACUGAAGGCUCAGAAGGUCAAGGGUAUGAAGAAACUGGAUAAUUUCAUAAAACGGGAGAGAGAAAUAAAACAGUGGCGUGAUUUUGCUGGACCUGAGGACAUUGACUACUACGAAUGUCAGCUUGAGCUUCAACAGGAGCUCCUCAAGAGUUACAACAACGUGGAGAGAAUCAUCGCCGAGUAUCGUAAACCAGAUUCUAACCAUCCAGAUUAUUAUUGCAAAUGGGAGAGUUUGCCGUACGCAGACUCCACGUGGGAGGAUGGAGCCCUUAUAAUAAAAAAAUGGCCGGAGAAAAUCAAGGAAUUUCGGGACAGAGAGGACUCCAAACAGACUCCCAGUAAACACUGCAAGGUCUUGAAGUAUCGACCCAAGUUUCAUCAGCUCAAGGGACAGCCAGAGUACAUGGGCAAGGGAAAAGAAUUAAUCCUCAGGGAUUAUCAGAUGGACGGUCUCAACUGGAUGAUACACUCAUGGUGCAAGGAAAAUAGUGUCAUAUUGGCUGACGAGAUGGGACUGGGUAAAACAAUUCAAACGAUAUGCUUCCUCUAUUAUCUAUUUCACACUUACCAACUGUAUGGUCCAUUUCUUCUGGUUGUUCCACUGUCAACGAUGACCUCUUGGCAGCGGGAAAUGGCCCAGUGGGCACCAGACAUGAAUUUCGUCACUUACUUGGGUGAUGUCACGUCUCGUAAUGUUAUACGUGAAUAUGAAUGGUCAUAUCCCUCUAAACGACUGAAAUUCAAUGCUAUUCUCACGACUUACGAGAUUGUAUUGAAGGACAAAGUGUUUCUGGGGGCUCUCAACUGGGCAGCUCUCCUUGUGGACGAGGCUCACAGAUUGAAAAACGAUGAUUCUUUGUUGUACAAAGCACUGGCUGAAUUCAGCACGAAUCAUCGACUCUUGAUAACUGGCACGCCUUUGCAAAACAGUCUCAAGGAAUUGUGGGCACUGCUGCAUUUUAUAAUGCCCCACAAAUUUGUCACCUGGGAGGAGUUUGAAAAGGAACAUGACAAUGCAGCGCAAAAGGGUUAUUCCAAGCUGCAUAAACAACUAGAGCCAUUCAUACUCAGACGAGUGAAGAAGGAUGUUGAAAAGAGUUUGCCAGCCAAAGUCGAGCAGAUUCUUCGUGUGGAGAUGACGUCGUUGCAGAAACAGUACUACAAGUGGAUUUUGACAAAGAAUUAUAAUGCCUUGAGAAAAGGUGUCAAAGGAUCGACAAUGACAUUCAUAAAUAUUGUCAUUGAAUUGAAGAAAUGUUGUAAUCAUGCAUUUCUGACGAAACCCAUGGAGGGAGACAAGAAGGAGUCGAAUGAGGAUUAUUUACAGCAAAUAAUAAGGGGCUCUGGAAAAUUAGUAUUACUCGAUAAACUUCUUGUUCGACUUCGUGAGACUGGUCACAGGGUGUUGAUAUUCAGUCAAAUGGUGAGAAUGCUUGAUAUUCUUAGUGAAUACCUGCAGAAGCGACACUUUCCCUUUCAACGACUCGAUGGAAGCAUCAAGGGGGAACUUCGUAAGCAGGCACUCGAUCAUUUCAAUGCUGAGGGCUCUACAGACUUUUGUUUUCUCCUCUCAACUCGGGCUGGUGGGCUUGGAAUAAAUCUUGCAACUGCUGACACUGUGAUAAUAUUCGAUUCGGAUUGGAAUCCACAGAAUGACUUGCAGGCACAAGCCCGAGCACACAGGAUUGGGCAGAAAAAUCAGGUGAACAUUUACAGAUUAGUGACGAAAAAUUCAGUGGAGGAGGAGAUCGUUGAAAGGGCCAAGCAGAAAAUGGUUCUCGAUCAUCUUGUUAUCCAAAGGAUGGACACAACUGGCAGAACUGUUUUGGACAAGAAAGGUGCAUCUGGCUCCAAUAAUAAUCCAUUCAACAAGGAAGAUCUCAGUGCUAUUCUGAAAUUUGGAGCUGAGGAUUUGUUCAAGGACGAGGAGGAUGGGGAUGAGGAGCCGACCUGUGAUAUCGAUGAAAUUCUACGUAGAGCUGAAACAAGGGAUGAGGCUCCAGCGACAGUUGGUGACGAAUUGCUUUCAGCCUUCAAAGUGGCAAGUUUUGCUGCAUUUGAAGAAGAAUCAGAACCUCUGACACUAGCGAACGAGAAUGAUGAUGAAAGUAAGGACUGGGCGGAGAUAAUUCCAGAGAAUUUUAGAAAGAAAGUUGAGGAGCAGGAGAAAUCCAAGGAGAUGGAGGAUCUUUACUUGCCACCGCGAAGUAGAAAAACACUGCAGCAGAUCAAUCAAGGUGAGGGGAGGGGGAGAAAACGCAGGAAAACUCAGUCAGAUGAUAGUGAGGAGGGGGAGGAUUCGGGAAGUGGUGAGGGCGAGGGAACUGAUGAGGAGAGACCGAAGAAACGUGGGAGACCUCGGAUGGUGCCUAGGGAAUCAAUCAAGAGUUUCACUGACGUUGAAAUACGCAAGUUCAUUAAGAGUUACAAAAAGUUUCCAGCACCACUCAAGAGAUUGGACGACAUUGCUGCUGAUGCAGAGUUACAGGAGAAACCCAUGGCAGAAUUACGUUAUCUCGGUGAACAGUUGAAGUCUAGGUGUGAUGCGUGCAUAGCCGAGUUCGAGACAGCAGCUAAAGAGAAUAAAACUGCUGAAGAGGAACCGAAAAAAGAGGGGAAAGGCAGAAAACGUGGGAGGGGACCUACUUUUAAAAUGGCUGGAGUUAUGGUCAAUGCCAAGUCUCUUUCAGCUGCUGAAAAGGAGCUUGAACCCCUCGACCAAAUGCUUCCAGUUGAUCCUGAGCAAAGGGCCAAUUGGCACUUUGAUGUCAAACUCAAACCAGCCAACUUCGACUGUGACUGGACGUCGGAGGACGACUCGAGACUUCUCAGGGGCAUUUACAGUCAUGGUAUGGGUUGCUGGGAGGCCAUCAAAAUGGAUCCAAGCUUGAAACUCUCUGAUAAAAUACUGCCGAAUGAAAGUAAACCCCAGGUUAAGCAAUUAAAUGCACGAGCCGAGUAUCUCCUUAAAAUACUCAAGAGACAAAUGGAUUCAAAACUCGGUGUGACCAGAACGAGAAAGCCCAGGAAACCUAAAGAACCUAAAGUCGCACUCACGAAGGAAAUUGUUGAGGAAAAUGACAGUUCAGCGGAUGAGAAUAAAAAGCCAAAAUCUAAAGUUGAUAAGCAAGUCGUUACCAAGAAGGAAGAGGAUGUAUCCAUAAAGAAGGAAAUUAAGGAGGAGAGCGAGGGGAUUGUCUUCGUGGAGGAUAAGAAGAAGGAGAGGAAGGUGAAGAAGGAGAAGAAAGAAACGAAAAAGGGGAAGAAGAAGCAGGCAGUUGGUCCAAUGCAUUUCACAGCGAACAAUGAGCCUCGAGCACUCGAUGUACUUGGGGAUUUGGAUCCAUCCAUAUUCAAUGAAUGCAAAGAGAAAAUGCGACCCGUUAAGAAAGCACUCAAGGCACUCGAUAGGCCAGAUCAAACUCUGAGUGAGACUGAACAACUCGCCAAUACACGAGCAUGUCUCGUUCAAAUCGGCGAUCAAAUUAAUACCUGUCUCUCAGAGUACAAGGACCAAGAGCAAAUUAAAGAGUGGCGAAGCAACUUGUGGUACUUUGUGUCGAAAUUCACAGAGUUUGACGCGAAAAAGCUUUACAAACUCUACAAGCAUGCCACUAAAUCGCGGGGCGAUAAAGACGCUGAUACCAGUGUGGCAUCGACCCCCGAGAAGAAAGAGGACAAUAAAAGGCACUCAGAGAAGCACGAGAAACAGCCGAGUGAGAGUAAAGAAGUUAAAUCGAUUAAACGAAAAGUUGAGGACGUGGAGGAGAAUUCCAACAGCAGUAUUCCCAGUAAAAAGCAUUCAGCUAACUCCGCGGCGAAUUACAAUUCUCCAGUAUCCGCCUCCGUAGGCCCCAUUGUGCCCACCCAACCUCCCAAUCCCUCGUCAAACUUGGCUAAUAGUGAUAUGAGGCACAAGGAACCAAAGGAUUCGAAACACAAAGACACGUUGAAGCGUGACAGGGAGAGAGACCGAGAUAGAGACAGAAAUCAUGACAGACUCAGUAAUGUUCCUGUGAAGGACGAGAGGAUACGAAGAGACAGUGGGGGUUAUGGUGUUGGUGGACACUAUAGUGGAGGCAGAGAUGAUGACCAUUGGCCACUGCCAAGAGAUGGGAGAGAUCCACGAGAGGCCAGAUUUCCGGACCACAAACGUGACAGAUUCGAGUCUUAUGGGAGAAUGCCUGGGGGAUAUCAUCGCGACAGGGAGAGAGACAGAGACAGGGAUCGUGAGAGAAUGCACAUCAACGACAAACGCAGUGAUUAUUAUAGGUAUCCAUCAGGCCCAACAGGCGGUUACGGCUACGGUGGACCAGGAAGUGGUUAUGGAGGUGCUAGUAGUGCUAAUUAUCCCCCCACUGAUGUUCCAUCGAAUCACUUUCGUGGACGAGGUUACACCGGUGACGGUUAUCCAAACGAUUGGCGGUCCAAUAAAGACUACAGAAGGGAGUAUGACAGGAGGCCUCCACCUCCAAACGGCAACUCCUAGUGCACCUUUCUUGCCACCGUCCUCGAGUGUGUCGUCGCUCGACUCUAGGUUUAUUCCUAACAAUAGGACAACAACUCUUCCCUCUCUUUUAUCUGUGUAUUAAUAUAACUAUCGUUUUAACCCCAACAGUCUAUGAGAUACUUCGCUGUUCGAAAUUCUGUUUUUUUUUUUUUAAUAUGAUGAACGUGCCAAUGAUCAUUUCGGUUUUAUGUGCAAUUAUGUAUAGAACACCUCAAUAUUCAGUUUUCGACCAAUUCUGUACAGAAUAUUGGGUCGAUUGUGUCUACAUAAACGCCUUCCUUCGUAUUGGUUCUUCGUUUAACGCAUGGCCAUUCGCGUUUUAUUUUUAAAUCAUUUUUUGUUAAACACUUGUUUAUGUACAUUCACCUCACUCGACUGUCACCUACUGUACAGCAUGUGUACAUAUUACUUUCUUAACGUGUAAACAUUAUGGGGAAAAAAUUAUAUGCAAAAGUACUGGAAUGUGGAUGCGAGUGCACACGUGUGCCUGAAUGGAUAUAUUUUUGAUUUAGUUCACAUUAAUCGACGCAUAUUACUGGUUUAGCAUGAAGCAAUCAAAUUUACUAUCAUAUGUUCAUGAUAUGGGGACGUGAAUGGUUCCGAUGAUUGGCAUUCAUUGAAGAAUAGAAACAUUGACUCUUAUUUUUCAUGUUAUGUAAUUCAGAAUUCAAUAGCCUCCAGCAUUUAAGCAGUGAAUCAUCAAAUUGUCUUGAAUUGGUACGCACAUAUCGAUCCGCUACACAAUUUCUAACUUUUUUCAUACUCAGAUGAUUAUGACGACGAUAAAAGAGGAAUAAUCCGAUCUAAUAGAACGCUGAUACAGACUAUUGGGAAAUAUUAAUGCAGUAAUUUAAUUCUCUUGUUUUCAUUGCCACUUUAGUGUGCAUUUGUGUAUAUAACAAAAAUAUCGAUAUUUGUGAAUUACGGUAAUCACGUGAAUAAAUCACUGGCAUGAGAGGGUUUACUGUCCGAGUAUUGAGAUUUAAUACUGACCAUGAAGAAGAGGGCCUCGAAUUCUAAUUUUUUUUCUAAUUUUUUGAGGCACGAACGAUGAUUGUUCGAAAUGACCAUAGUGAAUUUAUAAUUUAUUACUAGCCAAUCGUAAAUCAUGGAUAUUGUUGACGUGAAAACAAUGAUGCGUAAAAUCAAUGAGAUAAGGAAGAUUAACUGUAAAUAGUAAUUGAAAAAUUUAUAAGUUAAUAUGAGUAAUUUAGAUGAAUAGUCGAACGAUGAGCAUAUUGUACCAUUAAAGAACAUACGUCGCAUUACUACAAUGUAUUACUGUAUUUUAUCAAUCUCCAAUGUAGAAUAUUUCUGGAAAUAUACAAAGUAAAUGAA